CUGUCUACCUGCUGUCCAUGUAUAAGGAGUUGAAAUCUUGGAUUUGAUCUCUCUAAGGGUGAUCCGGCAUCUACGACGUACACUGCUUUGAAACCGUGGAUCUGGGUUUGAAAUCUCAUUCUAGAACUGGAAUAAAGAGAAUGACAGCGACCAUCUCAGAACUGCAGAAUGAUAUUCUGGCCAAACAGGGUCUGCAGUCGGUGGUGAAAAUUGAGGAACUGGAUCCAGAAAAUUUGGAUUUGAAAUAUGUAACUAGAUCUCCUUUUUUCAUCCCGUCUGGGGAGCUUGUGAGGUGUGUAGUAUCACAGCAGGGCAGCUAUGAAGGCCAGGAGACAUCACAGCGCUGGGAAGUUCAAUGGCAGGAGACUAGUACGCCAGAAGUUACUUCAGCAUCCUCUCCCGCUUGGGGCAAUCUCCAAGUUCCUCAGCUCACAUCAGCGGAUGAUGUCGAAAUCUAUUUGUCCACUUUUGAGCGGGUAGCCAACGCGUGCCAAUGGCCCCAGGAACAGUGGGUCGCCCGAUUGGUGCCCGCUCUUAGUGGGGUAGCCCAGCAAGCCUACAUCAACCUCAGUAUUACAGACAGAGAGGACUAUGGCAAAGUCAAAACUGCUAUCUUGUGUCACUGCGCCUUUGGGAGCGAGACCCGGCGGCAGCGUUUCCGGCGCUUUUGCUUUCAGGAGGCUGAGGGUCCCCGACAGGCUUGCGGGAACUUGCGGGAACUUUGCCGUCAGUGGCUAAAGCCAGAGAUCCACACCAAGGACCAUAUCUUGGAGCUGCUGAUCCUGGAACAGUUCCUGACCAUCUUGCCAGAGGAGAUGCAGAGCUGGGUUUGGGAAUGUCACCCAGAGACUUGUGCCCAGGCUGUGGCCCUGGCAGAGGAGUUUGUUCAGAAGCAACAUGAAUCCGAAAGAUUGGAUGCACAUGUUGCUGUUCAUAUGAAGACGGAGGAGGAGACCUCAGGGGAUGGUGAGGAGAAAAUAGUGCUGCCUGCUGCUUUGUGGGAUGUCUCUGGCCCUCAGACCCCUCCUGGAUGCCACUCUCAGAAGACGGUAGAAUGGAGCAGACCUGUAGAACCGCCACAAGAGCUGAUCUGCAUCCUGGGAGAAGAAGCUGAACCUUCGCUAGAGAUAGCAGAUGUACAGACUACUGCCCAGACUACAGAAUGCCCUCCCGAAAUCUCCUUGGAAUUGCCUAAGGAAUCAUGGGGGAACAUGGGUGAAGGAACUUCAUCGGACUGGGAGGAGGACCGGCGGAUGGGUAAGCGAGACGACUCUUCGGAAGAGGCGCUUAGCAUCAAAAGAAAACUACGGCGAAGAAAGAGUCCAGCACAGACCACCAGGACCAAGGAAGUGUUGCCGGAAACCAAGGACCCGGAAAGCCAAGCAAGGGCAUUCUUUUGGGGGGAGAAGCCUUAUCAGUUUCGAGAUUGCGGGGAGAACUUCCAUGCCAGGCAGGAACUUGCUUUACGCAAAGGGAUCCACCGGUGGGAGAGACCCUUCCCUUGUGCCGUUUGUGGGAAGAGAUUCACCCGGCUCUACCACCUCACCACUCACCUGAGGAUCCACUCGGGCGAGAAGCCUUACCGCUGUGCUGAAUGUGGGAAAAGCUUUGGGGACUUGUCCAAUUGUUACAAGCACCAGAGGAGGCACCGAGGCGACAAGCCAUACGUUUGUGAUGCAUGCGGGGACUGCUUCAGCAAACAGAAAGAACUCCUUGCUCAUCAGAGAACUCAUGAGAAUGGAAGGGUACCCUCUCUGUGUUGACAUGGAGAGUGGGUGGGUGGGUAGGUAGAAAUGUAAUUCAUUAUAGACAUGUAAGCCAUAUCUGGGAAGUAGCCUUUGACUGAAUGCCCUAUAUCAGUGAUUCUCAACCUUCCUAAUGCCGUGACCCCUUAAUAUAGUUCUGCAUAUUGUGUUGACCCCCAACCAUAAAAUUAUUUUCAUUGCUACUUCAUAACAGUAAUUUUACUGUUGUGAAUCGUAAUGUAAACAUUUGAUAUGCAGGAUAUAUUUUUAUUCACUGGACCAAAUUUGGCAAAAAUACCUGAUACGCUGACAUUUGAAUACUGGUGGGGUGGGGGGCUGAUUUUGUCAUUUGGGAGUUGUAGUUGCUGGGAUUUAUAGUUAGCCUACAAUCAUGGAGUACUCUGAACUCCACCACCAAUGGAAUUGAACCAAACUUGGCACACAGAACUCCCAUGGCCAACAGAAAAUACUGGAAAGGCUUGGUGGGCAUUGACCUUGAAUUUUGGAGUUGUAGCGCACCUAUAUGCAGAGAGCACAGUGGACUCAAACAAUGAUGUAUCUGGCAUGAAUACUCAAUAUGUCCAAAUUGAAUUGGGCCAAACAGUUUGUUGCAUCUACAGAAAAAACAGAUUGGAGAAAGCCAAGUUGUAUCCUCUUUGUCAGGGACUCUUUGGAAACCUAUGUCUCGGAAGGCAGAUAUUCUGGAUGAAGACUAACAUAAUGAAUCUCCUAGUGCUGUUGUUCAUAGAUUGUGAUAUUCUGCCCUUAUGGGGAACACGAGGAAAAAUCGUGGAUACGAAAACACAAGCUGUGUGUACUCUC